AUGACACGCUUUUUUUUCUUCUUAUAUAAGCAAAAGAGAGCAAUAGCAAAUGCUAUGAAGAAAAGACCCCCGAUUGAUACACCUACCGCGAUAAUUGUAGUGUGUUUUCCGCCUCCCCCUGAAGGUGGGGCAACAUCAAUACUAUUACUUGAUGGUGGAGGAGGAAAGGGGGUCGAUGGAGAGGGUGUUGGAACUUUAUCACCAUCUGGUGAUGAAGGUGCUAACCUUGGUGAUUGUGAGUUUUUUGGUGGCAGAGAAUAUGGUGGUACUCCUGGAGAAGAAGUUGGAGAUUGCGAGGCAUUUGAUGGUGAAGAAGUUGGUGAGGGUGGAAUCUUGGAAUUGUUGGGUGGUGAACUUGGAGUUUGUGGAGGUGAAAUGGGACUUUUGGAAGAGUUCGGUGGUGAACUCGGAGUUUGUGGAGGUGAAAUGGGACUUUUGGAAGAGUUCGGUGGUGAACUCGGAGUUUGUGGAGGUGAAAUGGGACUUUUGGAAGAGUUCGGUGGUGAACUCGGAGUUUGUGGAGGUGAAAUGGGACUUUUGGAAGAGUUCGGUGGUGAACUCGGAGUUUGUGGAGGUGAAAUGGGACUUUUGGAAGAGUUCGGUGGUGAACUCGGAGUUUGUGGAGGUGAAAUGGGACUUUUGGAAGAGUUUGGUGGUGAAAUAGGACUUCUAGAAGAGUUUGGUGGUGAACUCGGAGUUUCUGGAGGUGAAAGAGGACUUUUGGAAUUGUUUGGUGGUGAACUCGGAAUUUGUGGAGGUGAAAUAGGACUUCUAGAAGAGUUUGGUGGUGAACUCGGAGUUUCUGGAGGUGAAAGAGGACUUUUGGAAUUGUUUGGUGGUGAACUCGGAAUUUGUGGAGGUGAAAUAGGACUUCUAGAAGAGUUUGGUGGUGAACUCGGAGUUUCUGGAGGUGAAAGAGGACUUUUGGAAUUGUUUGGUGGUGAACUCGGAAUUUGUGGAGGUGAAAUAGGACUUCUAGAAGAGUUUGGUGGUGAACUCGGAGUUUCUGGAGGUGAAAGAGGACUUUUGGAAUUGUUUGGUGGUGAACUCGGAGUUUGUGGGGGUGAAAGAGGACUUUUGGAAUUGUUUGGUGGUGAACUCGGAGUUUGUGGGGGUGAAAGAGGACUUUUGGAAUUGUUUGGUGGUGAACUCGGAGUUUGUGGGGGUGAAAGAGGACUUUUGGAAUUGUUUGGUGGUGAACUCGGAAUUUGUGGAGGUGAAAUAGGACUUCUAGAAGAGUUUGGUGGUGAACUCGGAGUUUCUGGAGGUGAAAGAGGACUUUUGGAAUUGUUUGGUGGUGAACUCGGAAUUUGUGGAGGUGAAAUAGGACUUCUAGAAGAGUUUGGUGGUGAACUCGGAGUUUGUGGUGGUGGAGGAGGAGCAUUGGUUGAUCCAGGAUUUGAACUUGAUGAAGGAGGCGGAGGAAAUAGUGGUGGUGGCAAUGUUGGUGGUGUGGGUGGGUUUGAAGGUGACAUAUUAUUACCACCUCCGGGAGGUGUUAAAUUUGGAGGUGAGGUUAUAGGAACUGCCACCGCCGGAGGUGGCGGUUUCGGAUUAUUCGACGGCAUAGUAGGUGGAGGCGGAGAGUAAUAUGUAUAAGCCAUUGCAAUGCGCUUAUGAGAUAACAUUUGUUUUUUCUUCCAACAGUGCUUAAUGCUUAUAGCUUAAUUUUAUGGGCAAGAGGUACGUAUGUCCAAUAUGUGACUAUAUAUAGUGUGUUAUAUUUAUGUAUCAUACAUUUCGUUUGUAAAAGUUUCCAACUACAG